AUGGAGUUGAACAGGGUGUAUGCCGUGCGACGAAAAACGAUGUUAGAAGCAUGCUCCAGACGGGACAUUGACCUUGCAUCUAGAGGGAAUUCCUCACAAAACUCAAUCAAAGACCAUUUUGUCGUCGACCGGAAACACCGUAUCCUGUACUGUGCCAUGGAGAAGGUUGGUUCCACAUUCUGGAGACGACUUUGGCAGAUUAUGGCUGGUUUGAGCUCUGCCCAGAAUCCGUACGACAUUCCGGCGGGAGGGGCGUUGGGAGGUGGCCAGGAAACGUUCCGAAAUAUCUAUUUUGAUGAAAUCUAUACAAUGAUAUCCAACUAUCGCAGCUUCAUCAUCACUAGACAUCCGUUUUACCGGCUUUUCUCGGGAUAUGUCGAUAAAUUAUUUUCACCGAACCCAUCCUUUUGGAAGGGGCUAGGAACAUACAUCGUGACAAAUUUUAGAGAAGAAAAAAGGAAAGAUGAAACCAUUUGUGGAAAUGAUGUCACAUUUAAAGAGUUUGUGAAAUAUUUCAUUCAUUCUGAAACACAUAAUACACAUCGAAACGGACAUUUUUUACCAAUGCACGAUCACUGUCGUCCAUGUCAAGUGAAAUAUGACGUCAUUGGCAAGAUGGAGUCGUUUGUGGAUGACACGUUGUAUAUCGUUAAAUCGCUUGGUUUUAAGGAUUUGGCAUACACUCUAAAUAAAACAAUGAGGGUUGAUACUGUUAGUGAUACUAUCAAAGAUCAAGUUAACCUAUUGUUUGCUUAUAGACAACACUUUUGUAUUAGUUUUUUCAAUGCACAGAAAAUAAUGUGGAGAAAAUUUAAAAUACGGGGUGUAAUAAGUAAACAUUCUAAAUUUCCAUUUACUCGGGAGCAGGCAGGCAGCAUAAAACAACAGGACUUUGUUAUGGCUGUCACCAAUGCUAGAGGGGAUGCCCGCGACAACGCACGCUCUAAACUGUACCGUCAAGAAGCAUACGCUGAGGCAUUCGGGUCAAUUGACAGGAAGGAUAUGGAGAAACUAGCUGACAUAUUACGAGUUGACUGUGAAGUGUUUGGAUACGACUGUUCAUUACCUACCUUGUACGACAAAAUUAAUAGAUUCCAAAGUGACACUAAGUAUUUUGAUAUCAGUGCCACUGAUAAUUAG